AUGUUCCAACUCUCGGUGAUUUCUGAUCUCAUCCGAAUAUCGCCGCACUUGUUCCAUCUUCCAAUCGAAGAGGCAGUCCAAAAUGAGCUAAACAUCAAAUACGCUAAUAAAGUCAUCCACAAACUUGGAUUGGUGGUCGCGGUUUGGGAUCUUCUACAAGUGGAUGAUGGUUUACUUAAACCAGGAGACGGUGCAGUGUUUAUCAACGUGCGAUUCCGCAUUGUUGUCUUCAAACCAGUGGUGGGAGAAGUCCUCACCGGCUGGAUCGAAAGCUGCAGCGACGAAGGAAUAAAGGUCAAUAUGAAUUUCUUUAACGACAUUUUCAUUCCGAAAAAUUACAUGUUUGAAGGCUCGUACUAUUCCGCCGAUGAUAACGCAUGGAUCUGGCAAAUGGAUGAAGAAACAAAGCUGUACCUCGACAUCAAUGAAAAAAUCAAUUUCCGCAUUGAAAAAGAGGUUUUCAAUGACGUGCGACCAACAGGACCAGACAACUCGCUUACUUCUCUAACCGCAGAUGACCAAACCAACGGAGUCGACACUGAAGACCGCAAAGUGCCGCCUUACGCACUCAUAGCUAGCUGCCAGACCGAUGGCAUGGGCUGUGUUAGCUGGUGGGAGUGAUGGAUAUUUCUCACGAUUAAUUGUAUUGCAUGUAUCUCGACGUCGAGCUGAACUUCAUGUUUCCCUUUAUGACUUUCUCAACAGCUUGUAGGAAAUCUUUCUCGGUAGCAACCUUUCGUCUGGAACGAAUUGCGAACAUACCAGCCUCUGUACACACUGACCGCAGCUCAGCUCCGGUAGCGUUUGGACAGAGUCUGGAAAUCAACUCCCAACGAAUGUCACGCUCACAGGACAUCGACUUAGAGUGGAUACGGAAAAUAUUUGCGCGGCCUUCAAGGUCAGGCAGCGAAAACUCAACCUUUCUAUCAAUUCUUCCUGGUCUCAGCAACGCAGGGUCCAAUGUGUUUGGUCUAUUCGUGGCAAACAUCACCUUAAUGUUUCCUCUAGGGUCGAAUCCGUCUAGCUGAGUAAUCAACUCUAACAUAGUUCUCUGGACUUCAUUAUCUCCGCCGGCUCCAUCGUCAAACCUGGCUCCUCCAAUGGCAUCAACUUCAUCGAAAAAAAUGAUGCAUGCUUUCUUUGUUCUCGCCAUUUCAAACAGUUCUCUCACCAUUCUUGCACCUUCACCAACGUACUUUUGAACAAGCUCGGAUCCGAUGACUCUGAUGAAAGUAGCGUCUGUUCUGUUUGCCACGGCACGAGCACACAGUGUCUUCCCCGUUCCUGGCGGGCCGUAAAGCAAAAUACCUUUUGGAGGGUCAAUUCCCAGCUUGACAAAUCGUUCCGGGGACAGCAGCGGAAGUUCCACGACUUCUCUAAGCUUUUCAAUUUGUUCUUUACAGCCUCCAACGUCACUAUAAGUCACGUCCGGCUUCUCUUCCACUGUCAUCAUCGUCACACUAGGGUCAAUUCUAGGAGGAAGAGGCAAUUGAAUCUCGUACUUUGUCCUGUCCACACCAACUCUCAUUCCUUCUUCAAUGUCUGUUGGUGAGACUCUUUCACCGAGUCCAACCACAAACUUUGCAAUUUGUUUGAUGUUUAUCACGUAUUUGGUCUUGCCAUCGGCUUCCUCCUCUGCAGAAGGCUCGAUCAUCUUCGUACACCUUGCAACUUGCAAGGGCUGUUCUUCGCUCAUUCUUUUGCGAUCCGCGGCUACAUCCCAUAGGUUGGGGCUAGCAAGUCCUGUGUCAGACUCCUCAACGCCGAUUUUCUCCUUAAUGCGUGUCUCCAGCUCCUUAAGAUCCUUUUCAAUCUCGCGGAUCGACUGACUGUAUGGGGCGGCACCGUAAGUCUUAAGCACCUGGAUAUCACCUUCACUCAAUGGGGUGAUUUUAUCCUCUUUCUUCUCUUCUUCGGGAUCGUCCACGGGCUUUUUGUACUUUUCCCAGUCUUC